AUGGCCUCUUCAGAGCAUGCGCCAGCCCUAUUAAAAUGGGCACUCUCUCAAGGCGCAACUCUCAACCCUUCAGUUGAAGUCACUCACUUGCCCGAAACAGGCCUCUCGUUCCGCGCAACAGCCCCUACAGCGCCCUCUGACACAAUCGUCAGCGUCCCCUCGUCUCUGACGCUCUCAUAUCUCGACACUCUUCCUGGUCAUGGUGACCCAAACCCUUUUCCUGCGGGGUUCUUGGCGCAAAUACCGCCUCAUGUCGUUGGCCGUUUUGUUCUCAUCAAGCACUUUCUACUAAAGGGAGAGUCUUUCUGGGCGCCAUAUAUACAGGCUUUACCACAGCCUGAGGACCAUGAUUCUUGGUCUCUUCCGCCAUUUUGGCCAGAUGAGGAUGCCGAGUUGUUUGAGGGGACGAACAUCGAGGUUGGUGUUACGAGCAUAAGUGCCAAUGUGAAGGGAGAAUUCAAGACGGCGCAUGAUCUUUUGACCGCUGAAUCGUGGGAGCCUGAGCUUCUCAAACUAUUCACGUUGCCAUUGUACCAAUGGGCCUACAGUAUCUUCUCAAGCAGAAGUUUCCGUCCAAGCCUUGUCCUUGGGCCAGAGGAUCAGCAACGUCUGCCUGAAGGUGUCAAGCUAGACGACUUUUCUGUUCUCAUGCCGCUGUUUGAUGUGGGAAACCACGAUAUGACUACCAAAGUGGAAUGGAUACGGAACGAGAGGAUCAAUGGCUGCAGUCUCAAAGUUGAAAAGGCGUAUCAGGCUGGGGAGCAGGUCUUCAACAACUACAGCAUGAAGACAAAUGCUGAAUUGCUACUGGGAUAUGGGUUUAUGCUCCCUGAGACGGAGGCGCUGCACAACGACUAUGUUCAUGUGCGGAAACGUCAGCCUGCAAAGGGUGAGGCUACAGAGGAGUAUUACAUAUCUCUACGACCCAUUCGAGACCCCAGCUCCCUCCUUGCACGCUCAAAACAAACCGUCCAGCUCAGCGAUUCAGCCCAUAUACUCGGAGCUUUUCAGCAUGUUCAGCACGACAUGGUCUGGGACAUAUUCUGCACGCUCGCGCCACCCGAACAAUGCUCGACACUUAUCAGUGAAGGCUCAGAGCAAGAGCAGCAAGAGAAGUUCUUCAGCGGUCAAGUCAGUGAAGACGGGCGAAUGUUUCUUCAGCAGACUGCGGCCAUCAUCCAGCACAAGGUCAUGCAGGAGCUGGAGAGAUUGCUUGAGACGGACGUGGAGGUUGUGGGCGGAGGUGACCUGACAAGAAAUCAGCAGCUGGCGUUGGAUUAUAGAGCGAGGUGUAGAAGAGUGCUUGAGAAUACACUUGAGGCUAUGAAUAUGGAGGAGCUGUUUGGGGAGGAUGACGAAGGAGACGAAUAG